AUGGCUAUUUCGUGGGCUUUUCGGGCCAUUGUCGGCAUUGUGGCGCUGCUUACAACGGUGGCUGUCGUUGUGUUAGAAAUCGCAAACGCCCAGACAAGGAGAAAUGCAGCGACUGUGCAAACAACAGCAGCUGUGGCGACGACACUGGAAGGCUUGACAUUGGUGGUCAUGGCUGUACUCGUGUGCAUGUCGUUCCGACACUCGACAUAUUAUGGUCCCAGCAAGCUGAGUGCGAUUUGGUUCCCCCUCUACGUGACGGGCGUUGUUCUUGCGACAGCCGCUUCAGUCGUUGCGCUGGUAUUUGUCGACAAGGAGGAGAAGCCUGCCGAAAUCCUCGGCACAUCAAAAAUGUCUUACCUGGUCGGCACAUCGGUCGCCCUCGGCUUGGCUUUCACGUUCCAGCUGAGCUUUGUCAUCAUCUACUUCAUGGGCAGCCGAGUACAGCAUGACGAGAAGCAAGGGCUCUCUUCCCCGAGCGGGCGCUUCCUUCCUCAGAUGCGCAUGAAGUCGGUUCCCUAUUCCCGGACUGCCGAGUCAGUCAUCAAGCCUGCAGAAGUAUGCUCAUUCGAUAUGAUGAGCCCUCCGGGCUCAAGCGGUGGUGAGACCAUGAGAUCUUCUCUGUCUCACAGAGUUCGACCAAUGGACAGCAAGACAAGACUCCUGUCUACCCGAUCAAGCCAUUCCAUCAAGUCGACGCCUUCAAAGAGGAGGGGUCGCGGUAUGUCCUUUGACACCAUGCCGGAUGUCGAGGAGGGUUUCGAUUCUUGGGAUACGUCUUCCGUGGAUACGCAAAACCGUCAAGUGCUUGACACCGCCAUGCCCGCCGCGGACCGCUUCCUCGGUGCCCUGGAGACGAUCCCUGCGAGUCCAACUGUGAGCAGAAGUUCGUCGCCUUACACGGCCGCAGACAUUGAACCACCACAAGCUGCCAUGCACAGAGCCCGUAGCUACUCCCCGGUACCUAGGCCUCCGCCCGCGCUGCACUCGUACGGAUCGACUGGCGAAUUGCACAUCCACCCUCUCUUCCGCGCCGACAGCCCAACACCGCCUCCGGCAGCGACUCCCGGCACCUCGAUCGUGGCUGCGCCUGAGGGAUCGCGGACCCUUUCCGUCAAGAAGAUCACGCGGAUGCGCAGUGGCAGUCUGCCGACCACCUCGAGCCCACUCAGCCGCCAAGGCAGCAUUGACAGCAUGCGAAGCAAGCAGUCCGUCUCUCCCGGUGGCCGUCUCAGUCCCAUCCCGAUCGAACCGCCAGAGGAGAGGCAGAUGACGCCGCCCCUGCCCGACUGGAUACUCAAUGCGGGCUCUCGAACCAGCCUUACAGACUACCACUUGCGGAAACAGCGCGAGAGGGAUGGCACCGUGGACAGUGGCUUUGAGUCCACGUUUUGA